AUGAUGUUCUAUGGUUCUUUUACUGCAGUGUUGCUGUUGCUAUUGGUGAAUUGUUCGGAGCAGCAGAUGGGACCACCUAAUAUGGGAAUGGGUCCCCCAAUGGGGAUGGGCCCUCCCCCGGGAAUGGGAGGACCACCGUUUAAUUUCAAUAAUGCCAAUUGCCCUUGGUCCCAAAAUAAAACCAACAAUUCACCAGGUAAUACCCCGCCUAGUAAUAGUACUAGUACAGGAUAAGAAGUCUUCGAUUUUUCAUUACAAAAUGUAGAAAAAUGGUCCUCAAUAAAUUGCUUUUCAUUGGUAAUACAAAUCCUUUUCCUAUACAACAUUGUUAAUCAGUUAUUAAAAAAAAAGGAUGUGCCCGCGAAGGAUCCUGGUUCGAC